AAAACAGCGACCCUAAUAAAGACACAAACUCUACAACCAAGAUUUACAUAUCAAAUCACGAUUACACGCACAUGCAGUCAGAGAUACGAUACUUGGUGUGUAAGAGGGAMAGGUCAACAACCGCCAUAUUUCUUAACCGCUGUACUUUUAGUGCGCAUUUACACUGGAGAUCCUCCACAGUUAUCAUCAAGGGAGUUGCUACAAUGGCUUGUUUAUCUUCGAUACUCUGGAGUCGAGCAURUUUACGUCUACGACGCAUACCAUAAUCAUUCCGAGAGCCAAAGACAGGYUUUAAAGCACUUUAUCAAAGAGGGAUACGUCACUUAUACYGACUGGGCCAAAUUUGCUAAACCUUACGGCAUAGGUAAGACCCAGGUUUCGGCAUAUGACCACUGUAGGGUUACUUGGGGUAACCAUUCCAUUUGGCAAGCCGCUAUCGACAUUGAUGAAUACCCUUUCAGCCCAAUUGAUACAAAGCCUGGUUUUCUUACUCGAGCAAUCAAGACAUAUAUGAAAGGAAACCCUGAUGUGGUGGAAAUCACAAUGCAGAAUUUCCUCUUCCUUGGAAAGCCGUUAAAUGACACAAAACACUUUUGGUUAGCAGAUCGAAUUCUUCGACGUACUCCUCGCCCAGCAAAUGCACUGGUAAAACCAAUUUAUAAACCACAAUUUGUAACAAACUGUAAUGUGCAUCAUAAUAUUGUAAGRGGAAGAUCGUCCAAUGCUCCUGUGGACCUACUAAGGUUGAAUCACUACUGGGGAGCGAGACUUCAAAACUGGGGAGAGGACACACCUGAGAUUUUAAAGAUGACAAUUCCAGAUAUUUCUAUUAGAAAAAUUAUACAGGGGUUAUUGAAUUGUGAAAAAUUWCUGAGACUUUAUAGGCUGAGAGAACAACGAUGGAAUUGAAUGAUAGGGCCUUUUUGGAUGUGAUAUCAUAGUAUUGUGUAACAUCAAAAUGCUCCUUUGCCGCGUUUAGAUUAGGCUGUGUAGAAAUCGACACCCCGACACCUCUUUCCGAAUUCAAUAUGGCGGUCGCUGAGAAAAGCACUUAUCGCAUGAUGUCACGUUGAAUAUGAGAGAGUGCCCUGGGGAUAAGGCUAUUUUUUGAUAGAUUUUAAGUUCAUAUCCCACGAGUAAAAAUUCACCAGUGUACCCGAGGAAAUAUCGAUACCGYAUUCGCCAUCUUGUUUUCUAAGGUGCCUAACCGCUGACCGUCCAAAGCCAAAUGCACUCUGUCAAUAAACACAUUUCUCAUUUGAAUAAGGUUUUAAAUUCGACUAAUCUCAUUACAAAAACUACAAUAAUCAUUUUACCAUUUACAGCAUUUUUGUCCUCAGUGAUUUUACUCGACCYRCGAAAGUUUAAUGCUUGGUUUUCAGUCGUCGUGAUUCCGUACGCACUGCGAUACUCUUCCGAAUCACGCCCGGACGCACUCGGCACUCCGACGGCUGAAAACUGGUUUACGAAAGUUCAGGCUCUAACGUGCGUUUGCCUUUGAAGAAGAA